UUCCCAACAAAUAAAAAAAAAAAAAAAGAAGAGAAGCAAAACAUUGAUUCAUAUUAUUUAUAAUGUCUACUACUCUUAUUAUCUGCACACCCAAAAUUCCUAAAUAUAAUCCAAUUAAAUCUCUUUCUUUUUUUAACAGCAAAAAAAAAUCAAAACUGUUCUUUGCAGCCUCUUCUAUUAAUCCAGCUGGUAAUGGCUUAAUUAUAAUUAGGCCUUGUUCAUUACAAUGCAAUGCUCAGGUUAAUAACUGUGAUCAAGCUCGAUUAGUUACUAUUGUUAAUCGACGGUCUGGAAACUACGAGCCUCCCGUUUGGAGUUUCGAUUUCGUUCAGUCGUUGAACACUAAAUACAAGGAAGAGAGAUAUUUGAAGAGGGGUAGUGAGUUGGUGGAGCAAGUGAAGAAGAUGUUAUUAGUGGAUGAACAAAUAUUAAUUCACAAAUUGGAGUUGAUUGAUAAUUUGUACAUGCUUGGUAUUUCUUAUCAUUUUGAGGAUGAAAUUAACCAAAUCUUGAAUUAUUUAUAUAAUCAACUCAUUAACGGCAAUAUUUUUAAUAAUAACAAAUAUUAUGAUGUAAGAGAUAAUUUGUACUCGGCGGCACUUGCAUUCCGACUCUUCAGACAACACGGUUUUCGCGUCUCCCAAGAUGUGUUUGAUACUUUCAAGAACGAGACGGGUGAUUCUUUUAAGGCGAGUCUUGGAGACGAUAUUAAUAGUACUAAAGGACUGUUGCAACUUUAUGAAGCUUCUUUUUUUAUGACACGUGGCGAGAAAACAUUGGAGCUCGCAAGAGAAUUUUCUGCCAACUUACUGCGAAAAAAACUCGACGAUGAUCGAAUUGACGAUGACAAGGGCGAUACUUUAUUAUUAAUGGUUCGUCAUGCAUUGGAGCUCCCAAUUCAUUGGAGGGUUCAACGGCCAAAUGCAGGAUGGUUCAUCGAACAAGUCUACGAGAAAAGUCAACACAUGAACCCUAUUCUACUCGAGCUUGCCAAACUCGACUUUAACGUUGUUCAAUCGACACAUCAACAAGAACUCAAACAUCUCUCUAGUUGGUGGGAGCAAAUAGGGCUAGCUAAGACAUUGCCAUUCGCGAGGGAUAGGUUGGUCGAGAAUUACCUAUGGACCAUCGGUGGGUUGUUUGAGCCUCGAUAUGGAUAUUCAAGAAUCAUGGCAACCAAGGUCAAUGUCUUUAUUACGAUAAUCGAUGAUAUAUUCGAUGUUUACGGUACUUUAGAAGAACUAGAGAUCUUCAAUGACGUCAUUCAAAGAUGGGAUAUUGAAGGAAUGGACAAACUCCCACACUAUAUGCAGAUGUGUUUUCUAGCUCUCAACAACUUCGUCGACGAAUUGUCGUACCAUGUUCUCAAACAACAAGGAUUUCUCGUCGUCCCACAUUUAAGAAAAUCCUGGGCAGAUUUAUGCAUGGCUUAUAUGCAAGAGGCGAAGUGGUACUCGAAAGGGUACGCACCAACACUCGAAGAAUACAUAAACAAUGCAUGGAUUUCGAUAUCGGCUCCUGUAAUACUCUCUCAUGCAUUUUUUCUCGUGACGAAUCCAAUAAAAAAGGAAGCCGUUCGAAGCUUGUACGAAUACCACAACAUAGUUCGAUUAUCGGCAAUGAUUCUACGUCUUGCAAACGACCUUGGCACAUCACCGGAUGAGAUGAAACGAGGGGAUGUUCCGAAAUCGAUAGAGUGUUACAUGAAUGAAAGUGGAGCUGGUAGAGAAGAGGCGCAAGACUAUGUAAGGUGUUUGAUAAACGAGACAUGGAAAGAGAUGAACGAAGAAUUACGAGUUAUUACGGAAUCGCCAUUAUUCGAACGAGAUUUUGUGAGAAGUGCGGUUGACUUAGGGAGAAUGGCACAGUAUAUGUACCAAUAUGGAGAUGGGCAUGGAAUUCAAUUUCCUGAGAUGAAGGAUCGUAUUAUAAGUUUGUUGUUUGAGCCCUUUUGUGUGUAAACUUUAUUUAACUAGCUAGAGUAUAAAUAAUUCAAUAUAA